AUGUCUUCUCUCGAAAGAAGAGAGCAUCCGAGCCACCGCGCAGCCUUUGCUGGGACUGAGAUCGUUGCCGGCGAGAGGAUUGGAUGGGCCAGAGGACUCGAUCUGAGACCACGGAGGGGGAAAGGGCGAAGGGUUGACACAGAGUCUCGAUACCGGGUUCGAAGGGAGAGGGAUUUCGGGGAUGGCUUUAUCAGCUUUCGAUCGCUGUCCAGCCUUUCAGAUCUCGUGCCGUUAAGAUCUAGAAUGGUCAUCGGCGGAAGCAGGCGGUGA